GCGGGCACCGAGUCGUCUGGCAAGACUGCGGGCACCGAGUCGUCUGGCAAGACUGCGGGCACCGAGUCAACUGGCGGAACAGCGGGCAUCGAGUCGUCUGGCAAGACUGCGGGCACUGAGUCGUCUGGCAAGACUGCGGGCACCGAGUCGUCUGGCAAGACUGCGGGCACCGAGUCGUCUGGCAAGACUGCGGGCACCGAGUCGUCUGGCGGAACAGCGGGCACCGAGUCAACAGGCACGACAGUAGGCACCGGGUCAUCAGGUAUCGGAUUGUCUGGCUCGACAGCGGGCAUCGGGUCACCAGGCAUCAGGUCAUUUGGCUUGCCAGCGGGCACCGCGUCAUCUGGCAAGGCAGUGGGCACCGGGUCACCAGGUAUGACAGCGGGCUCUGAGUCAAUUGGCACGACAGCGGGCACUGGAUCAGGUACCGGAUCAUCCGGAUCAACAGCGGGCAUCGAGUCAACUGGC